AUGAGCAACGGACCCCUCUACCUGGGGUUUGAUCUUUCGACCCAGCAACUCAAAGCGGUUGUUGUCCAGUCUGACCUCCAAGUUGUCGCCGACGCCAAGGUCGACUUCGACCAGGACUUCGGCGCUAAGUAUGGCAUCAAGAAGGGCGUCCUUCACAAUCAUGCUGAGGGUGAGGUCUUCGCCCCGGUCGCUCUGUGGCUCGAGUCUCUAGACCUCGUUUUGCAGAGGCUAAAGGAGAAGAAUACGCCUUUGAACCGCAUCAGGGGCAUCAGCGGCUCUUGCCAGCAACAUGGCAGCGUGUACUGGAGCCACCAGGCACAGAGCCUUCUCGCUGCUCUUAAGCCAGAAAAGGCGCUUGUUGAGCAGUUGGCGGAUGCUUUCUCGCAUCCGUAUGCACCCAAUUGGCAGGACCACAGCACACAACAGGAGUGCGACCAGUUCGAUGUGAAGCUAGGCUCCCCUGAGAGGCUGGCCGAGGUGACCGGAAGUGCUGCUCAUCAUCGAUUCACUGGAACCCAAAUCAUGCGCCUUAAGCGCAAACUCCCUGAUAUGUAUGCCAACACCUCACGCAUCUCCCUUGUCUCUUCCUUCCUCGCUUCUCUCUUCCUCGGUGCCAUCGCCCCCAUGGAUAUCAGUGACGUCUGCGGAAUGAACCUGUGGGACAUUCCCAGUAAUGAUUGGUCCAACCCGUUGCUCGAACUUGCAGCGGGUGGUCCUGAAGGCGCCGCAGAGUUGCGCCAUAAACUUGGAGAGGUAGAAAAGGAUGGUGGUGCCAGCCUAGGCCGUAUCAGCAGUUACUUCACAGCAAAGUACGGGUUCAGUCCCAACUGCGAAAUCGCGCCAUUCACGGGCGACAACCCGGCAACCAUCCUCGCUCUACCUUUGCGCCCGCUCGACGCCAUCGUCAGCUUGGGCACCAGCACCACCUUCCUCAUGAUCACGCCGGUGUACAAGCCGGACCCAAGCUAUCACUUCUUCAACCAUCCAACAACUCCUGGCCAGUAUAUGUUCAUGCUUUGCUACAAGAACGGUAGCUUGGCUCGUGAGAAGGUGCGCGAUGCGCUGCCCAAGCCGACAGAUAGCCCGGACCCGUGGGCGAACUUCAAUAAGGCCGCCCUGGCCGUCCCACCGCUCGACGUUCGCUCCAAUUCAGACCGUGCCAAGCUCGGGUUGUACUUCUACCUCCCUGAGAUCGUUCCUAACAUCCGUGCAGGUACUUGGAGGUACACCUGCAACCCGACAGACGGCAGCGACCUUCAAGAGGAGACCGAGGAGUGGCCAGUUGAGACGGAUGCCCGCGUCAUCGUCGAAUCGCAGGCUCUGUCGAUGCGUCUGCGCAGCCAGAACCUUGUCAGCAAGCCCGAUCCGUCUGGCAAGCUCCCUGCGCAGCCCCGGCGCGUUUACCUCGUCGGAGGCGGGUCGCUGAACCCAGCUAUUCAGAGCAUCCUUGCCGACGUACUGGGCGGUGCCGAGGGUGUGUACAAGCUGGAUGUUGGCGGCAAUGCCUGUGCCCUGGGAGGGGCCUACAAGGCCGUAUGGGCGUUCGAGCGUGUGCAGGGCGAAACGUUCGACGAACUCAUCGGGAAGCGUUGGAAGGAAGAGGGCGCCAUUCAGAAGGUCGCUGAGGGUUAUCGCGAGGGUGUGUUUGAGCAGUAUGGAAGCGUUCUCGGCGCGUUCGAGGAGAUGGAGCAGAGGAUUUUGAAGGUCGCGAAGAACACAUAG